AUGGUGACCGCAUUCCCUCGAAAGACAAAGACAAGUCUGUGCGCGCUGGUUGCGUGCUGCUUGCAGCCGUCGCACACGCCCGAGCCCAGUGAUGAAGCUCGGUGCAUGGUGCAGGAGCAGUCGAAGCACCGCUACUACCAAGACCCGAUUGAUGCACUAUUAAGACCCGCUACCAUUCCCUACUACCAGAAUCCGCCACGGUGGGUCAAGGACGAUCAUAUCAAGGCUUGUGUGAAAUGUAAUGUUGAGUUUGACUUGAUUAAGCGCAAACAUCACUGCAGAUGUUGCGGCCUCAUUUUUUGUGGCCAUUGCUCUGCCAACUUUGAUCGCGUGGUCAAAUUUAGCUUUAUGGAUCCUGUACGGCUGUGUAACAACUGUGCCAGCAUGACUAAGAAUGAGAAUGUCUUUUACGAAAAGUUUCUACCGCUGCUGGAAAGCGGAGAUAUGUUUAGCAAGUAUGGAAUGCUGCGGAAGAGACAAGUGUAUCUUAAGUAUGUGCGAGCGAAAAACAUUUUUCAGUACCAAAAGUUCGACCCCGAAAAUGGAACCUGUGAGGGCGACAUCAAAGCUCUUUCGCUUGAUGGGAUUACAGACGUUCGUGAGGUGGAUGUGGCGCACGACAAUGCUGAUGUGGGGAUCAUCGUUGCGGUAGGUCCGCAAGAGCACAGGUUUGACGCUACGACAGGAAUCAAGAGGCAGCUGUGGAUAGAGGCGCUUAUUGGAGCACGACAGUUGCGUGAAUUAGUGCUAGCAAAAGAGCGCGAGGAGCGAUUAAAACAGGUUGAAAAAGAGAACAACGAGAUUUGCAAGCUGUCUGAGAAUUUGCAACUGAUGGAGGAGCGUCGCCUUACAUUCCAGGAAGACCGUAUGCGGCACCGUGCUGCGAAGCGCGAGCAGCUACGUGCUAAGUACCACCUGGCAUCAGCAGUGGCGUAA